AUGUUCUCCCCCCUUCACAGUAUUAAAGCACUCCGUGAUAUCGAUACCCAGGAAGCUCGAGAUGAUUUCUUAAACGUUAUAAAUCGGUGGAUCCUCGAGUCAGUCUCUGUGGUGGCUCUGGACAAGCAGUUGGGACUGCUCAAAGAGUCGGUUGAUAACGACCAGGUUGUGUUACUUUUCAAGUACCUGGACGAUUUUUUUGAAUUAACAGCCGAUCUGGAGAUGAAGCCCUCCAUCUGGCGUUACGUUAAAACACCCAAGCUAAUGAAGCUAAUGAAGUCCCUAGAUGGCGUUCAAGAAAUAACUUCAGCGUAUGUAGACGAAGCUAUAGAGCGUCUAGAGAAAGAGGCCAAGGAGGGUGUUGUCCGCCCUGAGAGCGAGCAGAGUGUACUGGAAAAGCUGCUCAAGAUCGACAAAAAGGUGGCGACGGGUAUGGCCAUGGACAUGCUAAUGGCCGGAGUUGAUACCACCUCAAGUACCUUUACAGCGGCCUUGCUGUGCCUUGCCAAGAAUCCGGAGAAGCAGGCCGUACUCCGAGAAGAGGUGAUGAAGGUUCUACCCGAGAAGGACUCCGAAUUCACUGAGGCAUCGAUGAAGAACGUUCCCUAUCUACGUGCCUGCAUCAAAGAGUCACAACGGAUCUAUCCUUUGGUCAUCGGCAAUGGCCGAUUUCUCAAUCGGGACAGCAUUUUGAGCGGAUACCAAGUGCCAGCUGGUACCUGUGUGUCGAUGGUUCCCCUGAGCUUGCUAUCAAGCGAGGAGCACUUCCCCAAGGCUGCUGAGUUCCUGCCAGAACGUUGGAUUCGUAACGCCACAGACUCCAACGGGCAAUGCCCGGCAAAUGACUUGAAGCUGAAGAAUCCGUUUGUGUUCUUGCCCUUCGGGUUUGGACCCCGGAUGUGCGUUGGAAAGCGCAUCGUGGACAUGGAGCUCGAGCUGGGCAUCGCUCGACUCAUUCGGAACUUUAGCAUCGAGUUCAAUCAUCCCACGGAGAAUGCUUUCCGCUCCUCCCUGAUCAAUUUGCCCAACAGUAAACACAUU